AUGUACUUCAAUGGCGUAUACCAUCUUUUCUACCAAUACAAUCCUAAGGGAGCUGUGUGGGGCAACAUCGUGUGGGCCCAUUCCGUAUCCCAUGAUCUGAUCAACUGGAUCCCAUUGGAACCCGCCAUUUUCCCAUCGAAACCAUUCGACAAAUACGGGUGCUGGUCCGGAUCCGCCACCGUCCUCCCGGGAAACAAGCCCGUGAUCCUCUACACCGGCAUCAUCGACAAGAACAACACACAGGUCCAGAACUACGCCGUGCCCAAGAACAUAUCCGACCCGUACCUCCGGGAGUGGGUCAAGCCCGACGACAACCCGUUGAUCGUGGCGGAAGGCCCAGUUAACAAGACCGCCUUCCGUGACCCGACAACCGCCUGGUUGGGCAACGACGGAGAAUGGAGGAUCUUAGUGGGCGGGCGAUACAAGGACACCGGGAUGGCGUUUUUGUACAAGAGCAAGGACUUCAAGAAAUGGACCAAGGCCAAUGCACGGGGAAUAUUGCACUCUUCUCCCCGCACCGGGAACUGGGAAUGCCCCGAUUUCUACCCGGUAGCCAUAAACGGGUCAAACGGAUUGGAUGCUUCAGUGAAGGGUCCAAACGAGAAGCACGUGUUGAAGGUCAGUCUGGAUGCAACCCGAUUCGAAUACUACACAGUCGGUACAUAUCAUCCGGAUACGGAUACCUACGAACCGGAUAACACCUCGCCCGACAACUGGAAAGGAUUGAGAUACGAUUACGGUAACUUUUAUGCCUCCAAAUCAUUCUUUGACCCAAGCAAGAACAGGAGGGUCUUGUGGGGGUGGGCCAACGAGUCUGAUCCAGUCAAGGACGACAUCAAGAAGGGAUGGGCCGGAAUCCAGUUGAUUCCCAGAACAAUCACAUUGGAUCCAAGCGGGAAACAGUUGUUGCAAUGGCCCGUUGAAGAAUUGGACACUUUGAGAGGACCAAACUUGAGUUGGGAGGACGUGAAGCUUGAAAAGGGCGAUCCUUUUGUGGUUCCCAAUGUAACUGGGGCCCAGGCUGAUGUGGAAGUGGUUUUCACUUUCCAAAGCUUGGACAAAGCCGAACCGUUUGAUCCAAAGUGGAAAGAUCUGGAUGCCCAAGAUGUUUGCACCGAGAAGGGUGACACUCCAGGUGGGCUGGGCCCAUUUGGUCUGCUUGCUCUUGCCACUAAAGACUUGGCAGAAUACACUGCAGUUCAUUUCAGGGUUUUCAAGGAUGGUGACAAACACAAAGUUCUGCUCUGCUCUGAUGGAAGAAGGGGUUCCUUAAGACAAGGCAUGUACGCACCCGCAUUCGGUGGAUACGUAGAUGUUGAUUUGAAAGCUAAAAUGACGCUUGAGCUCAGGACUUUGAUUGAUCAUUCAGUGGUGGAAAGUUUUGGAGAAAAUGGAAAGACAUGCAUCUCAUCUAGGGUUUACCCAGCCAAAGCCAUAUUCGACAAGGCUCAGUUGAUAGCGUUCAACAAUGGUACUGAGCCUAUUACCCUCGAGAAUAUCGAUGUUUACUCCAUGAAGAGUCCUAAGAUGAACUGA